UGAAUGUCAGACCAAGUUUAUCUCCAUCAAAAAGUAUAAAAGAAAAUCUAAAAUUUCGAUGUCCUUAUUUUUGAAGACUACACUCAAAACAGUUACCAGUUGCAAAAGACAUAUCUUUCACUUCAUCACAUUAUCUUUCAAUCAAGUAGAUCACGAAAGAAAAAAACUCGUAGGACCGGAUAGAAUUUGUGCAGAAUGGAUUUUAAAAAACGGUGGUGCAAUAAGAUGGUUAGGUGAUAAGGAGUACAUCACAGAUUAUAAUUUGCUACCACCUGAACGUACUAAGAAGUUCUUAGAGGCAAUGGAUGCUACCAAUUCUUCCAUAAGUCAUCAGGGUUUUUCACAUUUUUUAGGAUGCAAAAAUAUAAGAGAGGUCAUUCUUAGGAACUGUACGUACAUUGAAGAUGAGGCAAUUAAAGCAUUAGAACCUUUACAAAAUAGUCUGACUCAUUUGGUGAUCGAAGAUUGUCCUAACUUGACACUUGAUGGACUCUCAUUCAUACUGAAACAGAAGAGACUCAAACGGUUGAUUUUGAGGGAUUUUUUGUACAUAGAUCAAAACGAACUCGAUAAAUUCAUUCAGAAAACUAGUUUGGAAAUACCAUCUUGUGUAAUAAAUUGAUAAAUUUAAAUUGUGUAGAAGUGAAAUAUCCCAAAAAUCACGGUAUGAUUAUUCAAUGAAUAUGUUCCAAUUGAAUCUGAUGGAAUUAUAUUGUGGAAGAUUUUUGUUUGCAAACAUUAUUGUAGCAUCAGCUAAUGAAUGGUGACUCGUUGCAUGGAAAGAAUCAAAAAUUGUAUUAAUUUUAUAUGUUACCAUGAAUUAAAUCUAUAAAUCUAUCA